UACACGAGGAGCAUUGAACCAUCGAAGGCGUAGUUAGCUGACGACAAGACUUUUGAUAACACAACCGCCCAAGAAACUCUGGCGCAUCUGCCAGCCUGUCCUUUCUGCUUCUCACAUCCACCACCAACACCAUGUUCAACCGGCAAUGCAGAGCAGCGCUGCAAUCGUCGCAGCGACUGUACGCCACAUCGCGAUACCAUGUCGCCACUGCUUGCAACUACUCGACUGCCCCCCGUCGCAUUCCCUUGACACCGCUGUCUCUUCGCCACUCAUCCCUCGCCGCAUCGCGUUCGCUUAGUACCACUCCUGCCCGCAGGAAAGACGAUUCGCCCAAGAAGGUUGAUCCAGAAGAGGAGGCACAAGAGCAGGAAGACAAAGACAAGAAGGACCGCAAGGACUCGCUAGACCCUGUCAAGGAAGACUCGGCUCCAAAGGAACCCACACCCAUUGGAGCUUCUUCAGCAGGAGCCUCUUCCCUCGGAGGCGAAUCCGCAACAGCAGCAGGCGGCGAGAGCGGAAGUGGCGGCGGUGGUCGCAAGCGCAAGGGCGGCGAGAAGGGUCUUGUCAAGCCUUCGGUGCCUGAUGUCUACCCGCAAGUCCUCGCCAUCCCAAUCGCUCAACGGCCGCUGUUCCCUGGCUUCUACAAGGCCAUCACCAUCCGCGACCCCAAUGUCAUUGCCGCCGUGCAAGAGCUGCUCAAGCGUGGUCAGAGCUAUGUUGGUGCCUUCUUGCUGAAGGAUCCCGAGUCCAACACAGAUGUUAUCACCGACCCUAGCGAAGUCUACGAUGUUGGUACUUUUUGCCAGAUCACCGGAGCCUUCCCCGCUGGUCACGGUGAUGAGAAGGCCCUUCAGGCAGUCUUGUAUCCUCACCGCAGAAUCAAGCUCACCAGUUUGAUGCCUCCUAAAAAGGGCGAGAAGGGUGACGCUGUGGUCGAGGACACCCCUGCUGUCGCCACAGCCACAAUCGAAGCUGCUGAGAAGCCUGAAACCGACGUCGAAUCCAAGGGUGACGUGACUGCCAGCUUCGAAGAGUCUCACGUCGAGACUCCUGGAGAGAAGAAGCAGGUCGCACAGUACGAGCCCACCGACUUCCUCAAGACAUGGCAAGUCAGUCUGGUCAAGGUUGACAACCUCGCCGACGAGCCCUUCGACAAGCGCGACCCUACCAUCCGCGCUUUGAUCUCCGAGAUUGUCAACACUUGCAAGGAGAUUGGAAGUGUCAACCAGCUCUUCCGCGACCACGUUUCCGCUUUUGCCAUGUCGCAGUCCGCCGCAAACAUCGCUGACGAACCCGCCAAACUCGCUGAUUUUGCUGCGGCCGUGUCUGGUGGCGAGGGUAUGGAGGAGGCCCAAGCAGUUCUUUCCAGCCUGGACAUUAAGGAGAGACUCAGCAAGGCUCUCGAAAUUAUCAAGAGAGAAUACAUGAACGCCCAGCUCAGCAGCAAAAUUAGCAAGGAUGUUGAGAGCAAGAUUCAGAAGCGUCAGCGUGAAUACUGGCUCAUGGAGCAAAUGAAGGGUAUCAAGCGCGAGCUUGGUAUGGAGAGUGACGGCAAGGAUAAACUGCUCGAAAACUUCAGAGAGAAGGCUACCAAGUUGGCCAUGCCCGACCCUGUCAAGAAGGUCUUUGACGAGGAAAUCAACAAGCUUGCCCAUCUCGAGCCUGCUGCUUCCGAGUUCAAUGUCACAAGAAACUACCUAGACUGGCUGACCCAGAUUCCGUGGGGCAAGCGCAGUGCUGAGACUUUCGGCAUCAAGAAUGCAAUGAAGAUUUUGGACGAGGAUCACCACGGCUUGAAGGAUGUCAAGGAUCGCAUUCUUGAAUUCAUCGCUGUUGGAAAGCUUCGCGGUACCGUCGAGGGCAAGAUCUUGUGUAUGGUCGGUCCUCCUGGUGUAGGAAAGACCAGUAUUGGAAAGUCGAUUGCUCGCGCAUUGAACAGACAAUACUACCGCUUCAGUGUUGGUGGUUUGACUGAUGUCGCCGAAAUCAAGGGUCACCGCAGAACUUACGUUGGCGCCCUGCCCGGUCGUAUCAUUCAAGCUUUGAAGAAGUGUCAAACCGAGAACCCUCUUAUUCUGAUUGAUGAGGUCGACAAGAUUGGCCGUGGUCAUCAAGGUGAUCCGUCAUCAGCCCUUCUUGAACUUCUCGACCCCGAACAAAACAACUCUUUCCUCGACCACUACAUGGACGUUCCCGUCGAUCUCAGUAAGGUCCUCUUCGUCUGCACAGCAAACAUGACAGACACCAUCCCCCGCCCUCUCCUCGACCGUAUGGAGAUGAUCGAGCUGUCAGGCUAUGUCGCUGACGAGAAGAUGGCUAUCGCCGAGCGCUACCUCUCACCCGCCGCCAAGGACCUUUCCGGUCUCAAGGACGUCGACAUUGAAAUCGAGAAGGAAGCCAUCGCCGAACUCAUCAACAAAUACUGCCGUGAGUCUGGUGUCCGCAACCUGAAGAAGCAGAUCGAGAAGGUCUACCGCAAGUCCGCUCUCAAGAUCAUUCAGGAUCUCGGCGAGGACGCUUUCCCCGAGGAGAAGGCUCUCACAUCCGAAGGCAAGGAGGCACAGCAGGAAGCCGCAAAGGAUACUUCCGACACCAAGGAAACACCUACAGAUAUCGAGAAGGAGACCACAGAGACACCACGUGUUGCACUGUCAGUACCUUCAUCAGUGAAUGUUCGCGUCACAAAGGACAACCUUAAGGAUUACGUCGGCCCUCCCGUUUUCACCGCCGACCGCCUCUAUGAAACCACUCCUCCCGGUGUCGCCAUGGGUCUCGCCUGGACAUCCAUGGGUGGUGCCGCCCUAUACGUGGAAACCAUCCUCGAGUCCGCCCUCUCUUACUCCUCCCGCCCCUCCCUCGAACGCACCGGAAACUUGAAGGCCGUCAUGAAAGAAUCAACAUCCAUUGCCUACUCAUUCGCCAAGGGCUUCCUCGCACAACGCUUCCCCGACAACAAAUUCUUCGAACAUGCUAGAGUGCAUAUGCAUUGUCCUGAGGGAGCCGUGCAGAAGGACGGACCCUCUGCUGGUAUUACCAUGGCUUGCUCGUUGAUCUCUCUUGCACUCAAACAGCCAUUGGCGCAAACUGUUGCCAUGACUGGUGAAUUGACUGUUACCGGAAAAGUCUUGCGUAUCGGUGGACUCAGAGAAAAGACAGUAGCGGCCAGACGCGCCGGAGCCAAGAUGGUCAUUUUCCCCAAGGACAAUCUUAGUGACUGGUUGGAGUUGCCCGAGAACAUCAAAGAAGGCAUCGAAGGCAAACCAGUAGCUUGGUACAACGAAGUCUUCGACCUCGUCUUCCCCGGCGUCGACGCAAAGCAAGCGAAUGGACUUUGGAAACAACAAUUGAAAAAGGACAAGAAGGAGAAAAAGGACAAGGAAGAUAAAGACAAGGAGUAUGAUUCCGAUUAGGAACUGCUUACUUUCUCCCCCUUUGUUGAGCAUCCUUCCCUUUUCUUCCUCUCUUUGUCUUUGGUGGUGGGCUUUUGUAUAGAGUAGAUUGCUCUCUUUCUCUCUCUCUGCUAUUUUGUAGAUCAUAAGAGCAUGUUUUUUUUUGGCGUUUGUUGUUUAUUUUCUAGCGAUUCAUUUAUUCUGGUUGUUACUUUUUUCCAAGUGUAUAAAAAUCCUCUCUUCUUUUUUUU